AUGACGGUCGCCGCCUACCCUCUGCUGCUCUCCAUCCUCGCCGUCGCCUGCUGGGCACAGGCUCUGUCUGCCCGCCGCGAGCUGUCCACGCGCGUGGUCGAGGACGCCCGCUUCCACGCGCCGUCCGCCCCCUCGUCCGACGACGCUCUCGAAUUAUUAAAUGUUGUACUCCUGGCCUCUGUCGACGGGCGCCUGCACGCGGUGGACAGGAAACGUGGCGUUAAAUUGUGGUCGAUGGACCUGCCGGAAGCGGGAGCUGCGGUGCCGAGCUAUUUACGGCCGCUGGUGACGACGGAGCACAUCGCGACGAGCAGCGAGACGUACAUGAUCGAGCCCCAGUCGGGCGACAUCUACGUCGCGGCAGACGCCGACGACGCUCUCACGCGCUUGCCGUUUUCCAUGCCCCAGCUCGUCGACAUGUCCCCCUUCAGCUUCGGCGAGACAGACGCACGGGUGUUCGUGGGAAGGAAGAAGACGAGCCUGCUGCUCAUCGAGCUCGGCACCGGCAGGGUCAAGGCCGCCCUGGACAGCGAGUGUCCGUGGGAGGCCGUCGGCGAGGACGGCCCGGUCGACUUGGACGAGCUCGAGCGGGACGAAUAUCCGCUCGAUAUCUAUAUCGGUCGUGCGGACUACCAGGUCUCGAUCUUGCAGCAGAAAAAGGCGACCCGCAAGCCGGUGCAGAAUCUCAGCUUCAGCGCGUACGGGCCGAACAAUCAGGAUCAGGACAGACAGCUCAGGUAUCGCCGUACUCAGGAUAACCUAUACGUCGAACCUCUGCCCAAUGGCGACGUCCUCGCUUUACAUGUGGACUCGGACGACCCGUCCAAGACUGCGUUGCUCUGGGGUCUUGACUUUGACUCGCCCAUCGUCGCCGUCUUUGAUGUGGUUCGCACACCCACCCGCUCUGCAUUUGCCCUUCUUCAGCCUCGGCCGCGUGUAGAGUCUAUGUUCUCUCUCGAUGACCUAUCCGUGCACGCGCGCAGGGCUGACCCCGAACGCGCAUACGUCGGCCUCACCAACGAGUCUCUCUUCGCCCUCUCCCCGGACCGCUACCCGCUCGUCCUCUUCUCACGCGACCGUCGCCCCGCCGCUCGUGCUUUGCCGGCCACAGCGUGCAUCAACGACCCCACUGACCCGCGUUGCGCCACGGGCAUCAGGCCCUUGCGCCAAGACUCCCGCUCUCGUCUUGCUCGUCUUCUUGACGGAGCACCCGCUCAGCUCCCACAAGUCCCACUCAACGACUCGGAUGAUAUGCCCGACCACACCGGGCUUCCGAACCUCCCAAUGAACCCCGCGGCCAACGGUUCCCGCACCAUCUUUGGUUGGCCCAUCCCGAUCCCAAUCCCUACACCUACCAUAGAUGCACCAGGAUGGACUGGCAGCGGCGUACUGGCGCUCCUCGCUUGCGCCAUGUUCGGGCUGGGCACGCUCUGGGCCUCGCGCAGGCGGCCCUUAGCGCCCGUGUCUGUUCCGCCUCCACAGGCGCCCAAAGUAGUUCCAAACGCCAUCGCCCAAGCGCCCGCCGCGGAACUGCAUGAGGAUAGCUCGCCGGCAUCGUCCUCGCCUGCUACGCCUGAAAACGCGCCGUUAGCUCUCGUCACCGAGAAGCGCCCCUCGACGCCGGCGCCCGCCACCCCUGCAGCAUCUUCAGCCACUCUCGUGCCUGCUACGCCGCUCACGCCAUCAACUCCAUCGGCGGCGGAGGGCGAAGACGAUGAUGAGGACGAGCCUGCUGCGCCCGGCAAACGCCGCGGGACGAGGAGGAAGCGUGGGAAGCGCAAGCGUGGAGGCGCCAAGGACGCUUUCGCGGCGUUGGAGCAGGAGGAGGGGACGGGCACCGAGCGUGAGGGUGAUGAAGAGCCCACGCCAGUGGUGUUGACGCCUAUGGCGGCACCCACACCACCAACGCCGGUACCCGCUGCGUCGUCGUCGUUGACGGUCUCCGAUACCGUGCUGGGCUUCGGCUCGCACGGUACAGUCGUGUAUCAGGGUUCGCUCCAAGGUCGCGCAGUAGCCGUCAAGAGGUUACUGAACGACUUCACAACCCUCGCCCUGCGCGAAGUCUCGUUGCUUCAAGACGCGGACGACCAUCCGAAUGUCAUCCGAUACUACUACCAAGAAGCACACGCCUCCUUCCUCUACAUCGCACUUGAACUGUGUCCUGCAUCCCUCGCAGACGUGAUCGAGCGACCACACCUCCACCCAGACCUCUCCAACUCUUUCCGCCCCAAACGCGCAUUAUCCGAGAUCGCAAGUGGAUUGAGACAUUUGCACGCGCUCAAGAUCGUCCAUCGGGAUAUCAAGCCGCAAAACAUCUUGAUAUCGAGCGAGAGGAAGGGACAUCGCAUGUUGAUAUCCGACUUUGGGCUGUGUAGGAAGUUGGAGCUCGACCAAACGAGCUUCUUGCCUACGGCAGGUGGUGCGAUGGGCGUGGGGACGUUCGGAUGGAGGGCACCGGAGAUCUUGAGGGGCGAGGUCGUUUUAGAUGGUGUACCGGCCGACGAUGGUAGCACGUCCUCCUCAUCCCGCGGCUCAACAUCUACCGCAACAUCCGCGAACAACGGUACUGCGCCAAAUACCACGCUCAGGAGGUUGACGAAGAGCGUGGACAUUUUCGCCCUCGGCUGUCUGUUCUAUUAUUGCAUGACGAGCGGGGACCAUCCGUUUGGGGAUCGGUUCGAGAGGGAGGUUAAUAUCCUCAAGAACGCGUUCGAGUUGAAGGGAUUGGACGUGUUUGGAGAGGAGGGCGUGGAGGCACAGGAUUUGAUCGCGGGGAUGUUGGCGCCGGAGGCGAGCGACAGGCCCGACACUACGACCAUCCUCAUGCACCCGUACUUUUGGGACGCUGGAAAGCGCCUCAACUUCCUCCAAGACGCCUCGGACCGCUUCGAGAUCAUGCCUCGCGAACCACGCGAUCCCAUGCUCGUCACCCUCGAAACCGACGCCCACUUCGUCAUCGGACCAGACUGGAUAGGCCGCCUCGACCGCGUCUUCGCCGACAACCUGGGCAAGUUCCGCAAAUACGACUGCCGAUCCGUCCAAGACUUGUUACGAGCGCUGCGGAACAAGAAGCACCACUACCAGGAUCUGCCCGAGGGCGUGAGGAGAGCGGUCGGCGCGAUGCCCGCGGGGUAUCUCGCGUAUUUCACGCGGAGAUGGCCGAGGCUGUUUUUGCAUGUUUAUGGGGUCGUGGAGGGGAGCGGGUUGAGAGGGGAGAGCAUGUUCCGCGCGUACUUCAGUUUGCCGGAUGCGCCGUAG